CUCAAAUUCUGUCUAGUUAAAUUCACCACAGUUUGACGUUCCUCGGCCGUCGACUUGACACAAACCUUCUUUCCAAGUCAAUACGUGAAACAGUGCGCAUCGUUUGAAGAUGGCGUCAAAAGUAUCCCGUGAUACGCUCUAUGAGUCAGUUAACGCUGUUCUCGCCGCCUCCAAGGCGAAGAAACGAGGUUUCCUUGAAACUGUCGAGCUCCAAAUUGGAUUGAAGAACUACGAUCCACAAAAGGACAAGCGUUUCAGCGGUACCGUCAAAUUGAAGAACAUUCCCCGACCAAAGAUGAAGGUGUGCGUUUUGGGUGAUCAACAACAUUGUGACGAAGCCAAGGCCAACAACGUGCCGUGCAUGGAUGCCGAAGCCUUGAAGAAGCUGAACAAGAACAAGAAAUUGGUCAAGAAGCUCGCCAAGUCAUACGACGCUUUCCUCGCGUCCGAGUCACUGAUCAAACAAAUCCCCAGGUUGUUGGGUCCCGGCUUGAACAAGGCCGGUAAGUUCCCUGGUCUUUUGUCGCACACCGAAUCAAUGAUGGGAAAGAUCGACGAAGUCAAGGCCACCAUCAAGUUCCAGAUGAAGAAAGUAUUGUGCCUGUCAGUUGCCGUUGGUCACGUUAACAUGACUGAGGACGAGUUGGUGCAAAACAUCCAUUUGUCAAUCAACUUCUUGGUGUCGCUGCUGAAGAAGCAUUGGCAGAACGUCCGCUCACUGCACAUCAAAUCCAGCAUGGGACCCCCACAACGAUUGUAUUAAGUUGUUUUUAUCACAAGGAGAUGCUGAAUAAAUUUAUUUGGCAUGAAA